GUAUAAGCAACAAUGGUAUGGCGAAAGUCCAGCCUGAUGCAGCGAGUGAAUGUCCGCAUAAUGAAAUUUAUUUCUUGCGCUAAAAUGAAUUUAUGGGGAAAUGGAAGAGCACCAAAACAGUGAAAACACCGCUCUUAUAAUAAUCAGUAGAGCAAUUAAUUAUCUAAUUAAUAAUCCAUAAUAAUAGUAAUUCACUCAAGAAAUAAUUCUUCCUCCACUAAUAAUCACUAGCAUACCGCGAAUUGUUAAAAAUAAAAAUGUCACGUGGGAAAACCGGAGUCACUGUGCAUAUAAGCAGAAAAAAUACGCAAUUAAUUUCAUGAAAUUUGGUGUCUGGAACUUCAAAGUAACUUUCUACCAAAAUCUAAGACGCAGCAAUGAUGUUUCCGAUUAUACGUAAGUUACCCGUUGCCUUACAGUUAAUCGCGUUAUACUGUUGCCCUUUCCUCUUUCCGCCAAAGAAAUGAUAAUGUACGAGUACUAUUGCUCUGCCAGUUACAAAAUUUCGACAAACAGGAGUAUUAAGUUUUACUGAUUACUGAUGUACCGUAGUUUUUAUGUCUCAGUUUGCCACGCUGUGUCAGCAGUUUCCGCUCGAAAUAUGCGCAUUUCCGCCAAUCCACUAAUAAUUACUUUAUGAUAAACCAAUCAGCAAAAUUCGUUUUGGUCGUGUUUCGUAAUUCGAAGGAAAAGAAGGUCGAAAAACUAAAGUUAUAGGGACAAACUACAGGAUUUUAGCCGUUUUUUAAGCUAUCGAACGAAAUUCUGCGCCGGACAGUGUUGGAGGAAAAGGGAGAAAAAAAAACGGCGGAGUUAGGAUUGUAUGUAUAAUAUAUAUAAUAAUAACAAUAGCGUGUGGGGGCGGCCGAAUGUUCCAAACUAAUCGAACCGUCUCGUAGUAACAGGCGGAACUAAAUUUAAAUAUUGUAUUCAAUCCUCAAAGUAUUGCAAGAAAAUACGUGGUAUGUUUUCAGCAAUAUAGAUAUAACCAGAACUACCUGAUAACGUAAUUUCGAGAAGUAUUUAUUACUACGUACAGAUAUGUAUGUAUGUAUUUAUAGUUUUUAAACUUCGGAAGUUGUAGGGUAGAAAUAACGAUUCUUACAAGCAGCCCCAGCCGCACAAAGUAGAAAUAUCCAAUUAAAACACAAAACUAAUUGCAAGGUGGACAGUUGUUAUUGUGUGUUGUUCUUACACUGUCGCCGCAAGGGCCUUCUUUUCGACUACACUAUAGUAGUGACCAGUGACCCAAUGGGGCAUUCAACCGCCGUAUUAAAUAAAAACUGUCUGGGAGUGAUGCAACAGAUUCCCUUUUCUCAGGCAGUAAUUUAUGUAUUUCUAGCUGUACUUUCAGCAAAUUUCGACGAACGCUAAUGCUGUUGCAUAUCACUACAAAAUUAAACACUAUUUUCACUACAGUGACACAAUCCACUACAAAGAGGCUACACAACAGUCCUUUGGCUCUUUUUGUGAGUGUACUUACACUACAAACUGCAAUUGAUAAUUAUUAUCAACUCAAUCUUGUAUACAAGAUUUGUGCAGAUCCAUUAGAGCAAGUUGUUGUUUACUUACGCCACAUUACAUUACAGGCUGUACUGUACAUGAUAAUAUUAUUUAGAACCACGUAUCUGUAGUUACUGUAUGAAUGAAGUGCACGUAUGUACGCGGUAAAGAACCGGUACCUUCCUUCCUUAUUAAUGAGUGCAGCUGGUUGUGGAACGGUAACAUGUGAGGACGAACGUGCCUACGAGUUACGACAUUGUGACGGUAAAAGGCUGCAAGUGAAUCAGAAUUGGCAACAAGAACAUCGAUCCGUAUGGUGUAUACUCACGCGAAAGAAAACAUCGGACCUGAUAAACACCACGCAGUUCGAAGGCGGAAGCGGACAAUCCAUGGACAUGCUAGGAUCAGCAAUGAAGCGUCGGCGGAUAAUUAUGACAAUACUGUUGCUGGGAUUACUAUGGACCGUGCUGCUGCAAGUAAUACCCGGCUUUUCUUUCUUGAAUUUGACGGAAGAUGCGAAGAAUGCGGUGUCCACUGUGAUCAAAUUGAUUACAUUUCCCUUUUCCUGGCUCAUGCCGCGCAAAGUAAGUCACGGUCCUUGGAUUUCUCAUCUGGAGCAGAAUGAAGGGGAGGAACAAUAUGAUCGGAUUGAAUAUUACUGCGAAGCUCCAAAAUUUCCAGCGUCCGUUCUCCAAAACGAGAAAAUACUGGCCAUGCAGAUGCUGAUUCGGCAUGGAGAUCGCGGAACGUUGUUUAACGUAACGGAGCUACCCCAUAAAUAUUGCCCGUACGACGAGAGCUAUUCUCUUCCGGACGUUGUGCAUUCGUAUUACGAAAUGAUAUCACUGUUAAAAAUUUCGGAAGAAAGUAUUUCGCAUUUCGGCUUUGCUCCCGAGAGAUCUUCAUGUGCCAGUGGACAUCUCACCAGUAAGGGAGUUCUGCAGCAUAUUCAGUUAGGCUCCGCGGUGCGGCGCCGGUUGGGUGGUUUGGCGGAGAAGUGGAUCACUCCCGAAACGACGGUGUUUUCCACAUUGUUCCCACGAACAUACCAAAGUGCUUUGGCGUUUAUGCAUGGUUUGAAUCCGACAACUAAUCCGAAAAUACCUCACAGUGUGUUUUUUGCCCCUCCGGACGAGAUUCAGUUUUGCUCUUUAGCCAGCACAUUUGAAUGCAUAAGGGAUAGUAAAUUAUUCGGGGAAUAUUUCCGCUUGACCACUGAAUUCUUCAACAAAGAUCGGGAAAGCACAGCCCUGAUUACCACGAUACGGAAUCUCCUCACCGGACACCUGGAUAAGCCGUUAGCGGUGUGGCCUGUUUACGUAUUCGACGUUAUAUUGCAUUUUGCUUGUCACGGCGGACACAUGCCGUGCUUUGAUGGAACCUGUCUUUCUUACAAAGAACUGGUGGGUGUAUUUGAAGUACUGGAGCAGCUGGCUGAAAAAGUGUCGCGCGAACCGACCCUUCGUAAAUAUGCCGUUGUCGACUCAUAUGGAAUUUUGAAUAAAAUCAUGGGAAAUCUACAGAAAGUUGCAGAAGGAGCAGAUGACGCCAGCAGAUUCACAUUGUUUUCCGCUCAUGAUUCCACCAUUGCCCCGGUACUUCAUGCGCUUGGCUUGCCGUUUCAAAUCGCAAUUCCCUAUGCUAGUUAUCUGGCUUUUGAAAUAUAUUCCCUGACGGAGGGGAGCACUCAGGAGGACAAAUACAUUAGAAUAAUAUAUAACGGAGAAGACAUGACACGAAAGUCUCUUUUUGGACCACACUGUGGUAAACAAAAACACCGGUGUCGGUUUACCACUUUCCAAACAUAUGUCGAGGAUCAACUAAAGGAUGAAUUCUGGAGCAUAUGCAAUAAAGAACUGGGAUAGAAACUGGCCUUAAGAUUGAUUUAUUUCCUGUGAUAUCAGUGAUGCGAUCAGUAGCACAUAAAUUACAUGCACAGAUUGUUCUGCGCAUAAUUUUUGAAUUGAACCGUGGUAUGCGUAAUGUGGAAAUUUGGGAAAUGAUAACUUUCAUGGAAAGUCUCCUCUUUGUUGAUCAGGGUAAUGGUUGUUUUGUGCUACGAUAUUAAAUUUGUUGUUUUAGUUCGUUUUUAUGAUGCGAUUCUCGACUGCUGAUAAAGGGUUGUACAAUAUCCUUUCGACAUCAG